AUGUCGAAGAAGAAGAAACGAAGAGUCCCAGAGGUUUUAUGGCGAGUAUUCAGACAGCGAGCUCGAACCCUAAGCAACACAGUGACAUCCCUAAUCAACAAUCCUCCGUCAUCAUUUGUGCUGUGCAAGGCUGACGAUCCCGCUGAUUACAAGAAGCUCCUUAAAGACAGCUACGUCGUCCUCAGCGGCAAUGCACCUCCUAUCGCUCACUUCGAUCUUGAAAAUAGAUGGCCACAACCUCAGAUUGUGAUUCGGACUAUUGAAUCUUUAAUCGGAGAACAACCUAUGUCGAAUAAUAUUUUAUGCAGCGGUUAUGACAAGGCAAGAACAAAGCUUCUAACUAAUUCAGCCUGGUCCCUUCUGCUAGAAAGGGUUGGAGAUGAAUUUAUGAGUUACCUUUUGAAGCAUGCAUCAAUAUUUUUGCCAUUACCUAGGCAGAAACACCAACAGGUGGCAGGUCCUCCUAUCACUAUUUUUGUCCUCCAGUCGUCUCAGCAGAAAGCGCUUCCCCACUGUCUUGUUGGGCCCAAGAGGAAGAGGGAUUGGGAUGAUAAUGCUGCUGCUGGCUUAAUUUUUAAAAGACGGCAACGCAGUAUUGAUGCAUCUCCAAGUUAUGAAAGGACAGAUCCUAUUGUUGAAUUUGAUCAGAGAAAGAGUUUAUCUGAAACAACUGAAGCGGCUUCCGGCAACAAUGAAGUGCAUUCAAAUGAAACACUUCAAGACUUGCAUCGGAUUAAAUUUAGAUCCAGAAAGCCAUUUGGGUGGCAGCGCCGCAAAAAGCAAAGGCCUAUGGAUGGUAAAAAAACUGGUGGUAAGACUUGUUACAUUAUGAGUUCUAUAAAUGAAGGCAGCUCACCUGAGAGGCUUCCAGUUGAAUUCAGCAACAGUUCAAGCCACAGUCCUGGAAAGAUCCUUCCACAAUGCUGUUGUCGACUUGUGCUACAAUCUCCCCACUUAGUCAUGAAAGAUGUACUGAAGUGCUCAAAGCCUAAUUUGGCUGGCUCAAAGUCUCUUGUUCAGAGUAUGUUUGGCUUCUCUGACGAAGAUGUAAAUGCUCCAUCAAUGCCACUUUCCUACAGCAAAGGCUUUUGUUUCAUUGGAUCCACAUGCCUGCCUAGUUGGAGCAAAUAUGCAGAUCAAUUCCUCGAAAUUGUUAAGCUCCAAAAGGGUGUGGUAGGAAAGGAGGUUUUGCAAGCCAUUUUGUACCAUUCCCUUGUUGAAUUGGUUAAGAUUCUUAUACAGCAAACUCAACGCUGCAAGCAUUCUAGGUUAAUGCAUAGGCACUGCUUUGUUUCAUCAUCGAAUCAAAAUGCCAUGGAAAAUUCAAACUCAGUGUUUGAGGGGGAUGAUUUGGAGAGAGAAUUCUCUGGGAAAUCCCAUGGUGUUGUGAAUGAAUGCCGUGAUAAAAGUAUGGAAACAAUUGAUCCUCAGAUAGUGACGUUAAAAUCUUAUUGCUCAAAAAGUCAGGUCGUGUCAUUUAUAUGGGCUGUUUGUAGAAAUGUAGUUCCUCCUGAUUUGCUAGGAAAUACUGUUAACCAGAGAAUCUUGAGGGGAAAUAUUGCCAAGUUUAUUUGGCUAAGAAAGUUUGAAAAAUUCUCACUAAAGCAAUGUAUGCAUAAAGUGAAGGCUUCUGAGUUUCCAUUUCUGUCAGAUAAACACUAUUCAUGCUGCUUGGAUACUCAAAUGCUGAAUAAUGUGCCAGGGCAGACUGCAGGCUUGCAUAAAGGUUUAUAUAAAUGCAAUGGUGCUGUAAAUGAUUUGAAACAUCUACUUUUACAGAAAUGGAUAUAUUGGUUCUUUUCAUUUCUGGUUGUGCCAUUGGUACAAGCCAACUUCUAUGUCACUGAAAUUGAGCAUGGGAAAAAUGAAAUAUAUUAUUAUAAGAAGUCAAUUUGGAAGAAAUUAAGAAAUAGAGCCAUUUCUUGUUUGAAAGAUCAGAACUAUAAGUGCUUGGAUGAAGCCAGUGUCAAAAGUAUUGCAGGCUGUAGGUUUUUUGGUUUCUCAAAGCUCAGGCUGCUUCCAAAGAAAAAUGGAGUAAGGAUGAUAGCAAAUCUUAAAACAUCAUCAACAAUGCCUGCUAAAAAAUCCACUUCUGAACUUCACUCACUUGGAAUGCAGAAAAAAGCACAAUUCGUAAGUAAGGCGGUCAAGUGUGAACAUUUUAAGUCUGUAAAUAGUUUUCUUCAUGAUACGCAUGCUGUUUUGAAAGGUAUACAGUUGAAAGAACCAGAAAAGUUAGGGUCAUCAGUGUUUGACUAUAAUGGUAUCUACCGAAAGUUAUGCCAGUUUGUAAUCGAUCUGAAAAAAAUAUCGACUAUGAUGCCAAAUGUGUUCAUUGUUGUUUCUGAUGUAUCCAAAGCAUUUGAUUCCAUAGAUCAGGACAAACUGCUUUGUGUAAUGGAAGAUGUCAUAUUUGAGGAUCAAUAUUUUCUAAAGCGAUUUUAUCAAGUUGUCAGCACUAAGAAAUCUUUGUGGGCUCAUGAGCGCCUUAUGUCAAGAGAUCAAAACAUCAUCACUGCUUUUACAAGAUUUAGUUCUUCUAUCCGCUCUGGUUCAUUGCAUGCUGUCCUUGUUAAUCAGGGGCGUGGUAGGUAUCUGAAAAAGGAACAGCUCUUGUUCAAUCUCACUGAGCAUGUGAAGCGCAAUGUUCUUCAGUUUGAUGACAAGUUUUACUUGCAAGGCCAAGGUAUACCACAAGGAAGCAUUUUGUCUUCUCUGCUUUGCUCAUUAUACUAUGGGCAUCUCGAACGGAAUGUGAUCUUUCCUUUUCUUGAAGAUUUAUCUAGAAGACAUUGCAAUCAGGAUGCUUCUGCUGUAGAAAGUGACAGUAGGGAUAAAGUCGUCUCACCCCCUCAUUACAUGCUUCUCAGGUUUAUUGACGACUUCUUUUUUGUAUCAACAUCUGAAAAGCAGGCUGCUGGCCUUUUCUCUGAGUUACGGAGCGGUUUUUGGGAUUACAACUGCUUCAUGAAUGAGGAAAAGUUUUGUCUUAAUUUUGAUACUGAACAUGUAUCAGGGCUUCAGUCAAAAAAGCUCUAUGUUGGUGAGGAUGGUAUCUCCUUUCUUCGAUGGAGUGGCUUACUUCUAAACUCUUGCACUUUAGAAGUCCAGGCAGAUUAUACAAGGUAUCUGAAUAACCAUUUAAAGUCUACACUUAUUGUCUGCUGGCAAGGUGAACCUUGUAAACAUCUAGAGAGGAAGCUGUGCAACUUCAUGAGACCAAAGUGCCAUCCCAUAUUCUUCGAUUCUAAUAUUAACUCAGCACCUGUUGUCAGAUUAAACAUCUACCAAGCAUUUUUGUUAUGUGCAAUGAAGUUCCAUUGUUAUGUUUCUGACAUGUCGUUCCAUUGCCAACUGAGUGCAAGAUUCUAUGCAAACAUGAUUGAAAGGUCCUUGAGGUAUAUGUAUAUUCUCAUAAAGAGAAGGAUGCGUUCUAUACUCAUUGGAUCUUGUUUCCUCCCAAUUCUUCAAUUGGAGGAUGGAGAAGUUGAAUGGCUUGGGUUGAAUGCCUAUAUCCAAGUGCUGAAGAGAAAACAAUCACGGUAUACAGAGUUGCUCUCUCGAUUGAGUUCGAAGUUAUCAGAACAUGGAAUUCCAUCGUCCCAACUAAAAUAUGCUGUUGAUAGCUCCCACUCCUCUUUACUUUGGAAAAUCAAGUAUUAG